AUGGAUACCCUCCUGGCAAGCUAUCUCCACGAUGAGCGUGCACGCGAGUCCAGCGUGGAACCGAAAUUCCUGCACAGACUCGCUCUUAGCGAUGCCUGGCAGAUUGAUCCCGGCUCCCGUGUGCUAGAUGUGGGAUGUGGGCAAGGCGAAUCAAGCCUAGUGCUCGCAGUGGCCACGGGUCCCAACGGGCAUAUCGUGGGCAUCGACACGGCACCCCCAGAUUACGGUGGUCCCUACACGGUAGCACAAUCUCAGAAGCACAUUAAGGCCUCCAUUUUGGGUGACCAGAUCGAGUUUCGACGUGCCGACAUUGCCAGCCUGCUGCGCGAUGAUCGUGACAGCAAUCGUCCCUUUGAUUGCGCAGUCCUGUGCCACUGUUUGUGGUAUUUCCCAAGUCAUGACGCGAUUUCGGAAGUCUUCCGACUUCUUGCUGACGCGAAAGUGCGUUACCUCUGUUUAGCAGAGUAUGGCUUACGGGCGUCACGCCCAGCGCAGGUGCCGCAUGUACUAGCGGCGCGCGCGCAAUCUACCUUCCAUGCACUGCGCAAGUCAGCAGCCACGGGAGUGCGUGAGCCCAAUGUGCGCAGCGCGCCAACACCGGAGGAGAUAGUCUCACUCGCAGGACAGUUUGGAUGGCGUGAGUCCCGGUCCGGUUAUCUGCAGCCGCCGCAAAAGAUGCGAGAUGGAGACUUGGAGGUUCGAUUCGUCUCAUCACCGCUCUUCCAAGGAUGGAUCCGAGAGGAGGGACUAGAAAAUGACGAGUCACUAGCAGCUGCGAUUCAAGCCGUCGAGCAGUCUACGCAGGCAUUACGCCCCGAGGGGAUGGUCAAGUGGGAUACUAUGGAUGUGUUCUGGGCAGUAUUAGAGUUAGAAGCUUAG